UAAAGAGACAUGGCUUCAUCACAGAAGUCUGCUAUUUCGUGCACAUCAGCCCCUCCACACUGACUUACCAUUCUGAUCUGCUGCACUGGUUUUCUGAGCAGCAUGGUUUUACUUGUUUCAAUGCUCUUCGGCAUACAGGCACUUUGCUGCUGGGCUGCCUCUCCUCCUGCCAGUGAAGCAGCAACUACUUUGCUCUCCCCUGCCUGUGAUGACACUGCAGUAGAGAAGGCUGCAGAUUUGGCUCUUCGCCAGAUCAAUGCUGACCGAAAAGAGGGCUACAUACUCAGACUCAACAGAAUUUUCAGUGUCCGAGAACAUCCUCAGGAGACCACUGGUUCUGUCUUCUAUCUCAUCUUGGAUGUAGUAGAUUCUGAAUGCCAUGUACUCAGCAGGAAGUUGUGGAAGGACUGUGCACCCAGACCUGCUCAUACAACUGUUUAUGGUCAAUGCAAAGCAACUAUCUACAUUAAUCAGGCAAGAAAUAUUGCUCAUCUGAAUACUUACGAGUGCACUUUACAACCAGUUCCACCCAGAUAUAUUUGGACAAUAUGUCCUGACUGCCCAGUUGAUGACAGUCCAAGUGAGCCCAAAUAUUUGGAGGCUGCUGUUCAAAGCCUUGCCAAGUUCAAUGAAGAGAGUGAACACCCGCAUUAUUUCUCUGUUCUCAAUGUCACAAGAGCUUCAAUGCAGUGGGUCACUGGUCCUGCAUAUUUUGUGGAGUUUUUAAUUCAGGAGACAUCCUGCUCCAAAACUGACACAACUGCUGACAUCUCCAAGUGCAAGCCCCUUUCAUCAGAACUGGCUCAAACAGGUUUCUGCACAGGCUCCGUAACAAACAGUCACUUGGAACAUCAACAGUUUGUCACAGUAUCAUGUGAAAUCUACAGUCUGCAGGAUCCUGCCACUGACAAGGGGAAACAGCAAGAUAAUCAGACACCUGGAAAAUCUACCCAGGACCAUCAACAAGUUUCCCCUUCAGAAGCCAGUCCUUUCUCCCCACACCUAUUAAAAACAGUGGGAUGGGUUAAAAUGCUACCCCCUUCAACUGAGGACAUCUCUUUCCUACACCUACCAGAAGAUCAAAACAAACAUAAAGAUGGAAAGCCUGUUUCACCUGAGACUGUAGGAUCUAUGCCCACUCUUGAUGGAGAAAAGACUCAAGUAGACAAACCAGACUUGACCAAACCACUCACUGAACCAGGUAUCCUCCCUUUUCCAGAAGAAUUUUCUCUAUCAGACUCAUGCCCAGGAGAAGCAAAGGAGAAAAAUUUCAUCCUCCAGCGUUUGCUGCCUAAAAAGCCUGUAAAAGUUUAGCCAGCAUCCAAUCACCUCAACUACCUGCAACAAAAUAAUGGCCACAAUGGCAACCUGGUCUUUCAAUUUGUGCAACAUCUUUAAACAAAUAAAUUGCUUAUUACAGUCUUCAUAUUUAGAGUUCUCAGUUUUAAGAAAGCACAACAACAGAGUAGAAAAAGAAAUUGAAUUGGGUCAUUUUCCAACAAAAGAAUGUGGCUGCUAAUCCUCAGAUUACUGCCAUCAGUAAGAGCAUGAAGGAAAGGCAACUGUGGAGGGUAAAAGAACUUGCAAGGCUGAGACAGCCCAAAGGCAUCAGAAAAAAAUAUCCUCAGUAGCAAAAGGACAGAGUACAAGAUGGCUGGUACUGCCAGGACCUGUGGACCCAUGGAGAGAGGAGCCCAGGCUGGAGUGAAGUAAUUUGAGGCCAGGAAGAAUGGAAGUGCGAGGGGAAGGUGUUUCAAGAUUUUUUUAUUUCUCAUUAUUUUACUCUGAUUUGAUUGGUAAUAAAUUACAUUAAUUUUUUUCCAA